AUGAGGUGGAAGGAAGAAAAUGCAAACGGAACGAAAACGGAAGGGCUACGGGGGACACCUUCUCCGCCGCCGUUAGUUGCUUGCUGGCUACGGGGUCAGGCCGGAGAGGAAGGCGACGCCGGUGGAGGGCAGCCAGGAGGUGCCGUGGAUGAACCGACGGACGGUGAACUUCGCUGCUUCCUCCUCCAUGGCGAUGACGCGGUAGCCCGGCCAGUUGACCCGCAGCCCCACGGCGGCGCCGUCGCCGGAGUUCCUGUACUCGCCGUAGUACAGAGUAUCGACGGCGAAGUCGCCGUCCCACUCGAGCCAGCCGGCGGGGUGGACGUGGCCGGCGAUGUGGGAGAGCAUGAAGACGGUGCGGGAGUAGGCCUUCCAGGGCCGGCCGAGGAAGGUGGGGUAGCGGCGGUGGUGGCGCCCCUCCUCCUUCUCCGCCGCCGCGAGUUCCGGCGAGGGAAGGACCCGGGAGACGUGGAUGGAGAUGCCGGUGUUCUGGUUGGGGUCCUUCCGGCCCUGGGCGGUGAUGGUGUUCUUUUGUUUCUCCAGCGGCCGGCGGGCGUAGAGGGUGCAGUUCUGCAGCACCACGGCGGCGUUGCCGAAGACGAAGUCGACGGUGCCGGCGACGGCGCAGUCGCGGUAGAACUGCCGCUGCGAGUGCACGUAGAGUGUGUCCUGGUAGCCCAGCACGUCGCAGCGGUAGACGACGGCGCGGUCGGCGCCGACGCGUAGCGCCACCGCCUGGUGCUUCGCCGGCCCCGCCGUGUUCUCGAAAGUCAUGUCCCUCGCCACGAACCCCGUCCCCAUCGCCGCUGCGAUCAACCAGAAAGGAAGAAAUGA